AUGUCUUCUCCUAAUGGUAUAGUCUUAUUAGACUUAGAUACAGACGAUGAUGACGACGAAAUUGAAAUUACAAACGUCGCCUCCACAACUCCAACAGCCUCUGACACUUUUGGCCUUGCAUCAUCCUCUUCUUCAACUAGAUCAUCCCAAGAUGACGACAUUGCAAUCACAAAUGUCCGUCAAAACAAUUCCCCAGAAUUUAUUUCUUCUCAUAAUAAUAAUAAUGAUAAUAGUAAUGAUGAUGAUGAUGACGAUGAAAUUACAGUCACAUCAACUGUUGUUCGACCUUCUCCACCUGCAUUUUUCAGGAAUUCCACUCCAUCCUCAAGACACUUUCAUAACCAUCACAACAACAACAACUUUAAUUCUAAUUCUAAUAAUACCAAUAACAAUAACAAUAACCAAAGGGUUCUCAUAUACCCCAAUUUAAAUUUCACAAUAACUGGAGCUGGAACUUAUGCUCUGCAUCUCCCAGAUGGCAACACUAUCCAAGUGGCUACUCGAAGGUUUAGAGAUGCAGCAAAUGCUAAUAACAAUAAUGAUACCACAACAACAACAACAACAAGCACCACUACCACAACCACAGCUAACAAUAACCAAUGGACUGCUCGAGGUAGAAUGCCUCCAGUUACCUUUUCAGACCCAUCAUCCAGACGACAAUCAAUGUCCCCCCAUAUCGUCACACAACUUAUUGAUGACCGCCGUAUCUUUAUCGAACAGCAACAAUUACGCUUGGCCCAAUUACUGUCCUCUGAACUUUACUCUCAACAAGCAAACGCAAAUGCACCCACUCUGGCAACGGUCAAGAAAAUGCCGCCGCCACCACCAACGCGAGACGGGUUCUCGCAUGGCCUUAAAAAAACAAACAAGUACGCCUGUGCGCUGUGCGGGACACGGCUGGCUAUUGGGUUCCCCAAAGAGGGUCAUGAAAAACAAGGUGAAGAAUCAAGAUACCGCGGAAUCAAUGACACCCAUAGAAGUCUUUCCAAAAGAAUCUUUUUCUCAACAUGUGGCCACAUCUUUUGUGGUUGGUGUGUAUCACGUAUUGUCAACCGUAAAACUUUACCGGAAGAAGUCAGAAAACAAAACUAUGGUGCUAAACGUCAAAAGGGGAACAAAAAGGGUAAGGACCUAAACCCGGAACCCGACCCACCAAAAAAUCAAAUACCUCUAAUGCAAAUGUAUAUUCCGCCAUCAUGUAACGUCGAAGGAUGUCAAAGACAGUUUCGCAACAAGUCCUUUAAAGAGAUUUUUCUUUAA